AUGGGUGGACACAAAGGAUCCAUCAUCGCAGCGGUGGCGCUGCUGGUCGCCUGUGCCGCUCCAGCAACAGCCGAUUUGAACGUGACCGCCUUGUGCCUGCUGGUCAGCAAUGGCAACUACGUGGCCAGCCAGGACUGCUCGACGUACUACCAGUGCCAGGGAUCCUCGUACACGGCCAUGUCCUGUCCCACGGGCUACUACUUCGACAAGAAUGCCCAGCAGUGCACGGGUAGUGUGCCGAGCACCUGCACCAGCAGCACGAAUCCUUGUCUGGGCAAGGCGGUGGGCACCUUUGCCGCAUCCACUUCGUCCUGCGGUGGCUACUACUAUUGCGGUGCCUCCGGCGCCGUGAGUGGCAAUUGUCCUGCCGGCGAGAAUUUCAAUCCCACGACCAUGGCCUGUGUGUACAGGAGCAGUUAUCCCUGCUCGGAAUCCAGCAGCGGAGACAGUCUGUCGGCCUCGUCGGUGACCCUCAACAUGUGCAAUCUGAUCAAGGAUGGCAUCUACUUUGGCAGUCCCUCGAACUGCAGUCGUUGGAACUACUGCCAGGACAACAUCCUGCGCUCGGGAUCCUGCGGGAAUGGACUGGUCUACAAUGUGCAGGCCAGCAACUGCGGCUAUAAGACGAUGUCAUCCUGCUCCCAGGUCACCAAUGAUCCAUCUCUGACCGGAGUGGUCACGAAUCCCACCACCUGCACCUUGGCGGGAUCGAUGAUCGCGGCCACCGCUUGCAAUCAGUACUAUCUGUGCUCCUCCAGUCUCAACUACCAGCUGAUGACCUGCCCCUCGGGACUCUUCUACGAUACCAUCUCGAAGGCAUGUGUGGCCAGAAUGAGUGCCAGGAACAACUGUGACAGGUGUUUGGGCAGUACCGCCAGCUUCGUAAAUGCCUAUUCGUCCAGCAACUGCUCCGACUACCUGUACUGCGUGAAUGGUGUCCAGAAGGCCGUAGAUAGCUGUCCCACCGGCUACUACUUCCACGAGAGCUCCGGAUCCUGUGUCAACGGCGUGGAGCCCAAGUACCUGUGCUGCAAUCCAACGGGAAGCGACGGAAUUGAGACCACCGCUGCUCCAUCCACCGGAACCUCCUCUGGAUCGUCGUCCUCCGGAACCUCCACGGGAAAUUCUACCGACACCUCUACGGGAAAUUCUACCUCUACGGGAACUUCUACUGGAACCUCUACGGGAACCUCCACCGGAACCUCUACGGGAACCUCUACGGGAACCUCUACGGGAACCUCUACGGGAACCUCCACCGGAACCUCUACUGGAACCUCUACGGGAACCUCCACCGGAACCUCUACUGGAACCUCCACCGGAACCUCCACCGGAACCUCUACCGGAACUUCCACUGAUACUUCCUCAAAAACCGAUACCUCCAGUGGAACAUCCGAUAAAACAUCUACAGGAACCUCUACGGGAACCUCCACCGGAACCUCUACCGGAACUUCCACUGAUACUUCUUCAAAAACCGAUACCUCCAGUGGAACAUCCGAUAAAACAUCUACGGGAACUUCCACCGGAACUUCAACUGGAACCACAAAAUAA